AUGCUUCCAUUUAUUGAUAACAACAGCCGACAUUCGAAAUUGUACGUGAAGGACUAUUAUGCAGUGAAGAAUGAGCUACUGACGGGAUCUGAUGAUGGGUUAGGUCGCGUGCGAGAACUCGAAGAGAAACGCAUCAACAAGGAGAUGGCCAACAUUCGUUCCAAGUUCAAGGAGACCAAUCUCAAUGGUUAUCAAAAGAAGAAAUAUGUCUGCAAGCUCUUGUACAUGUACAUUCUCGGUUGGGAUAUUGAGUUUGGACAUCUUGAAGCCGUCAACUUGAUUGCCAGUACAAAAUACAGCGAGAAGCAAAUUGGCUAUCUUGCAGUGACACUCUUGUUCCACGAAAACAGCGAUCUUAUUCGUUUGGUGGUCAAUUCGACAAAGAAGGAUCUCGAUGAUAUGAAUGAAAUCAACAAUUGUCUGGCGCUUCAUGCUAUUGCCAAUAUUGGUGGACGAGAAAUGGCUGAAUCUUUAGGCCCGGAUGUACAUCGCUUACUCAUCUCACCUACUUCCAAGAGCUUCGUCAAAAAGAAGGCAGCAUUGACCUUGUUGCGUCUCUUCAGAAAGCAUCCCGAUGUAUUGCCUGUCACCGAUUGGGCAGAUCGCAUUGUGUCAUUGAUGGAUGAUUAUGAUUUGGGUGUUGCAUUGUCUGUUACUACGCUCAUCCUCACGCUUGCUCAAAGCUAUCCUGUGGAGUAUGCUGGUUGCUAUGAAAAGGCUGUCAAUCGUCUUAAGCGGAUAUUGGUUGAUCGGGACUACAGCUUGGACUACAUCUAUUAUAAGGUGCCUACGCCAUGGCUCCAAGUCAAAUGCUUGCGUCUUUUGCAAUAUUAUCCACCACCUGAGGAUCAAAAGCUUCGGGCUGAUAUUAGCGAGCUUCUCCAAAUCAUCAUGACGAAUUCCCAAGAUGCGCCCAAGAACGUCCAACAUAGCAAUGCACAGAACGCCGUCUUGUUUGAAGCCAUCAAUCUUGCCAUUCAUCUUGACAGCAAUUCAACCAUUUGCGCACAAGCUGCACAGUUGCUGGGUCGAUUCAUCUCAUCCAAAGAAACCAAUUUGCGAUACCUUGGCUUGGAGACGAUGGCUCAUUUGGCAGCAUGCUCGGAUUCCCUUGAACCCAUCAAACGACACCAAGAAACCAUUAUGAUGUCUCUUCGCGACAAGGAUAUCAGUGUGCGUCGCCGUGGUUUGGAUUUGUUGUAUUCAAUGUGUGACAUGUCGAAUGCAAAGACGGUGGUAUCGGAGCUAUUGCGAUAUCUUCAGGUGGCCGAUUAUGCAAUGCGUGAAGAAAUGGUGCUCAAGAUUGCUAUUCUUGCUGAAAAGUUUGCAACAGCGUAUUCGUGGUAUGUCGACACGAUCCUCCAAUUGAUCUCGACAGCGGGUGAACAAGUCGGCGAGGAGGUUUGGUAUCGUGUGGUUCAGAUCGUGACGAACAACGAGGAGCUACAAGAGUAUGCUGCCAAGACAGUGCUCAACUAUUUGGGGUCGCCACAAUUCAAUGAGACCAUGCUCAAGGUGGGCGGCUACAUUCUCGGCGAAUUUGGACACUUGAUCGCCAAUUAUCCUGGUUGCAGCCCUAUUGAACAAUUUACAGCCGUUCAUUCAAAGUUCAAUUUAUGCUCUCUCAGCACGCGUGCAUUGUUGUUGACCACUUACGUCAAAUUUGUGAAUUUGUUCCCUGAAAUCAAGGGUCAAGUCCUCACCGUUUUCAACCAAUAUCGCUAUGUUCUCGAUUCCGAAUUGCAACAACGUGCAUGUGAAUAUCUCGCUAUCUCGACAAUGCCUGCAGAUGACAUGUUGCAAACAGUGUGUGAAGAAAUGCCACCUUUCCCAGAACGUGAAUCGACAUUACUGCUCAAGCUCAAUGAAAAGAUUGGUGAUACCGAGGAUAAACGAGUGUGGGUCAUUGGUGGUAAAGAAGCCAACAUUGAACGUCAAGAGGAUCUCAAGCGUAAGGUGUCUAUGCGUCUAAAUUCAACCGAUUCAACAUCAUCGCCAUCCACUGCUGCAGCUGCUUUGCCCACUCAACAACAACAACAACAAUCAUCUCCUCAAACAGCAACAGCAACUGAUUUGUUGGCAUUUGACGAUCUAUCAAUCAGCAACAGCAAUGUAAAUAUACCCGCUUUUGGGGAUGUGCCUUUGGCCCCUGGUUACGAGCUUGGUUUACACAAACAAUAUUACAUGCAAGAGGGCGUCUUGUAUGAAGAUAGCAAUCUCCAAGUAUCUGUCAAGAGCGAGUAUCAUGGCGCACAUGGUCGUUUAGCAUUGUAUUUGACAAACAAGACGCCCAUGCCAAUGACCAAUUUGGUGGUGCACGUUGAAUCGUUGCCUGACAAACUCAAUGUGAGAACCGUGGGUGCUAGUCCUACCGAGAUUGGUGCAGGUGCUCAAGUGCAACAAUUGCUUCAAACCGAGUGCCUUGAUAUGUUCAAUGAUCCACCUUCUAUGCUCAUCAUGUACAACAACAAUGUCACUAUCCAUAUCAAGUUGCCUAUUGUCAUUACCAAGUUUCAGGAACCCAUCAGCAAUAUGGAUGGUGCUAGCUUCUUUAAACGAUGGAAUCAAAUUGGUGGACCACCACGCGAGAAUCAAGUCAUCAUUACGAGCCAAGUGCCUAUUCAACUUGAGCAAGUUCAUGCAUUACUCAGUGGCUUCAAACUUGGUCUUUUGGCAGGUGUUGAUCCCAAUCCAAACAACUUUGUUGGUGCAGGUGUUAUGGAUCUUGGCAAAGGUGGAGGCAAGGUUGGCGUGUUAUUACGAUUGGAACCCAACAUGGAGCAGAAUAUGUAUCGUUUGACAGUGCGUACACCCAGCGAGCAAGUAUCAGAGCAACUACGAUACUUUUUGGAACGGCCUUUGACAGUUGGAGCCUAA